AGUAUAAGAGCUAUAUUGUUUAUAAAUAAGAACUCUAAAAAUACCAAUUUAAUCAAUAUAAAUUGUUUGGCUAUAACCAAAUGAAUAACCAUAAAAGUGUCACUCGAAUGAAGACAGAAAUGUGUUUGUACCAGGAAUGUUAAUAAUUCGUAAAACUAUAAGUAUUGAUAUAAUGAACUUUGAAAUCAACAAUAACAUUUAUGACAGGUUAUUGGAAUAUUAAAACUAAAAGAAAUGAAAACAAUUGCCAUACAGCAUAAUUUAUGCUUGAACAAAUCAUUAGUAAAUCAUCCGGGGAAAAUGAACAGGCACUGAUGCCAGUCAUAAGUUGGAGAAAUCAAUGAAUAGCAAAAAAUAUUAAAUUAACACCGUACGAUGAACAUAAUUUUCAAUAAGGAUUUCUUUGACGACACCAACCUGCUAAAAAAUCUGCCAAAAAAAUACCUGUUGCAAGCAGAGCGUAAGAUAGCAUUAACCAACUUCCACGUCAUUGUACAAAAUCCAUACGUCAGUAGUCUUGAAACCUAAUGGUUAGGAAAAUUUCCUAAACUGUACGAAUGCACCUAUUACGGUGAAUUACCUUGUACACACAGUUGCAAAAAGUUACGAAAUUAACGAAAAUUCACACACAGAAAGAAAAAGCAUCACCAACUAUCGAUAUUUCCUAUUUCAACUGGCGUUUAUGCCACUCGCACUGCUCAAGCAGAUCUUACAGGCGCACGGCCGCAAUGUUGCCAGCGACAUGGUGCGUGUGCAACAUAUAACAACGGUAUUACUGUUCUUGAGCAUUUGGCUCAGCAAUACCACGCCAGUAAGAGCGACGGUAGCAGCAGCAACAACAACAAUAGCUGUGGUACGUGACCAACAUUCGACGCACUUCAGCUCUGACGAUGAGUCAUACACGAUGGGCGCCUCAGCCGCUCUGGAAGCCACGCUCAGCGGCGAAAACAUCGGUGCCACAUCAUUAGCAGCAGUAGCCGGUGCCGCAGUAGCAAUAGCUUAUGAUAAAACUAUUACUGAUGGUACCAAUAACGCCAACUCGAAGGUGCGUAUCCCAUUGGACAUCAAUGCGGCUGUUGAUAGCGGCAUUGAUGUUGGUAUCGCGAUCCAGGGAAGUAACGAAAUGUUCAGCAGCAGUGCCAACCUACUGCUCGAAUUCACAGGCAAUAUUAUCAAUCUGACGCGGCAACAUAAUGGAGAUAUCUUUCGGACAACAGGCGUGCACACUUGUAAUGCGGACACAUGCGUUGGCUUAUCGAGCGGUACGGCAAGCGUUGAUGUCUUGUUUGUCACUGGUCAAAAAAGUGGCAAUAGUGCCGCUGCAAUUCAUUCUACCUUCGCAGAUGUCGAUCACUUGGUUAGACGCGGCAAAUUUCCAAAACCCGACGACCAUGCCGUUGCAAAUGAACCUACUGAGAGUUGUCAGUGUCGUUGCUUGCCUUAUUUGAGUACAUAUCGCGAGGAUCUGGGCAUUUGCGUUGAUGAUAUUCAUGAAUGCACUCUGUCGCCGUUUGUUAGCGGUUCAGCGUCCGAGAAAAUCCCGUUUGUAUUUCUGCCAUUGCGAGGCCAAAUCAUUUACCCCAGCAGAGAAAUCAGUUUUCCAGAUAUUCGUACACCCGUGUGCGCGGUCACUGGUGCCCAAUAUCUUACCACAAACGGCUGGUCAGAUCUGCGGAACCCCAUCGAUACGGACUAUCCAUUCCGUAUGUUUCGCGACGAAGGGCGUACUUUCUUGCAGUGGUUGGGAGAACCGGAUUUGCGCCACAAAAUGCAAGGUCGACUCAUAGUGGUUCAUUUAGUCUGCCGAGACAUGACAAUAUCUUUGAAUACCACAAGCAAAGAACACAUAGUGCCACCAAAGAAUGUCUACUCACCUUGCGUUGCCUUUCGUGUCAACGGCACACCAGUUAAAUACACGCAUAAUGUCUCAGAGGUCCUCUUCCAAUCGGAAGCUACUUCAACACUGGCCUCCACUUCGGACGGAAUGUCCACCAAAGAGUAUGUGGUAAUCGCCGUUUGCAGUCUGUUGCUUGGUCUUAUUUACGUAGCAUCUGUAUUUCUGUACCUGCACAUGAAGAAACGAAAAGGUCGCCACCAAUCGCCACACACGCGCAACUCUCUCGACGACAUGGCCAAUGAAAUUAACUAUCCUAAGAAUGACCAGGUGACUUUCGGCACGUCUUUCAAUCGCAGCGGCAGCCUUUACUCAGCCACCAGCAUGGGCACAUCAAAUGAGCAGCGUUCACGUACCAGCAUUGGAAGUUUGAAAGAGGAGAUGGGCAUCAUCAAGAGUAAUCCUUUGUUGCAACAUUUUCCUCAAUUGAGCGAACAUAAUUCGGGGUUUGCUAGCGAUAUCUCGAAUUCGAAUUCGGAGUGCGAAAUGGAUAGCACUUUGCAGGAAAAACUCAAACAGAUGCAGACAUCGGCACUGGUGCAUCCGCAAUUGGGAGGUAUGGGAAAGUUGCACAACAGCUCACCGAACGGUUCGCCGAAGAACGCGAAAGAUCCGUCGAAUGUUGAGGAAACGAAUGAGCCGCCAUUAUCAACGUCGCCCACACAAGAGACAGAGUGUUUACCGGUAGAGAAUGUUUCCAUUAUUGAGGAUAUGAUGACCGAGGAGAAAUUGGAACACUUGAGGCAAAUGAUGAAUGGCAAUGUGCGCAAGAAGCUGUACUUUAAUCCCGCUUACUUUGAACCACAUUUACUGGCGCAACCACCACCCGCUGCCAUUGAAUUUUUACACAAAAUACGAGAGGUAAUUGCAAUAGCGAAAUAUAAAAUGGCUACGAAAAGAUACCAACCUUCUCUAAUUAUGAUACCCGAAGAGGGCACACACCGCUCUGAUACGACCUCAUUGUAUAGUUCACACCGUCAACAGUCGCCUUCUGAGUGUCAAGGCUGUGCGAAUAAUCGUUGCAGUGGACACGUGAAAAAUUGCGGCGAUAAGCGAAAUAGCAUCGAAAAGUGGUUGCAAACGGUGACUAGCAAUGAGAACGAUGGUAAUAAUGAUACACAACAUUCUAGUAGCACCAACGAACUGCCGCAGACAAAUAAGGCUCAACUAUUAGAACAGCAACAACAGCUACUAAACGAAAACAUCAGGCGCCAAUCUCCAAAUACUUCUUCGGCAUCGCACACCAGUCGUCCACAUAGUCGCAGCGAUCAACGUAGUCCUGUCAGUAAAGAGGCCUCAUCAUCAAAGCCGCUUCCAUCACCACCUCCGACACCCAUCAGUGGUAACACAGAUAAUAUUGAAAGUAUUAUACACCAUAUAAUCAACACAAAGCCGACUUCCCACGAGUCACCUAUAAGUGGCAAAGAUGUUAUUAAAAGCACGUCAUCGCUUUCCUAUCAACUUUAUUCUUCCAAUGUUUCUACAGAUAACUCCACCAAUACACCCGUUAAUAGUAGUUAUAGUAAGGCAUUUUCUGCGAUCUCUGCUGCAGCCAGUAUAUAUGGUUUCGCAGAAACUGGCGGCGAAAUUUACAAUAAUCCAAAAUUUACACUUCAUGACUCUCCAUGUUCAUCACAGCGUGGGCAAAAUUUCGCUUCUUACCGAUCAAAGUCCAAUGCAGCACGCAAAAAGUGCGAUGUUCUGGACACCUAUGAGCAAUCGUCCGCCUCCAAUUCGCUUUAUUCUAACGGGCGUCAACAAUAUGAUGUUCUUCGCAAUUCGCUCAAUCAGGAAUAUAUUGCUGCAUUUAAUGCCAGCACUGGUUUUCAUUUGGACAUUCCCACUCCGGACUAUGAUAGCACAAUGGAGAAGAAAAUUAAAGACAUUUAUAAUAAUACACAGAGCAGCGUACCAUCGGUGCCCACACCUGACUAUAGUACUCUGAGUCGCAAAUCGCUCAAACAAUUUCAACCCGAUUCGCCGAUUUAUAGGCGAAAAUCACCACAAUAUCUAAUUGUGGAUUACGAGACAGAUAGUCUUGAAAGACUAGAGGCUACUAAGCGUAAAAGCUCUCAAUCAUCAUCGUCCCCUUCCUCCGAUGUUAGCUCUCAGCUCAGUCCUAGUCUAAGUACAGCAUUACCGCUCGAAGAAGAAUUGGAGAUUAGUCACACAGUUUACGAUAAAUCUAAGGGGUUUCGUCCAGAAGCUGGACUAAAGAAAAAACCUUUAAAUAAGUCGGACAGUGAUAGCAGUAAACAGAAAGAAAUAGCAGCACGUAUUAAAUAUGAUACACCAUUUCGGGGCAGUAUGACAAUUGAAGUAGAACAUGAACCCCAAUCAGAUAUCGAACGGUCUACGGAUAGUGAUCAAUUUGAGCCAGAUACAUUAGAUCGUAAGCCGAAGAAGCAAAGUUUCUGUGAUGUUAACGCCUGGCCAGCGCAAGCCUUGAAAAAAGUUCAAAAUGGAGAUCAGCUAAAUAACUAUACCUCGCUGCCAACGAUGGGCUUGUAUGAAACAAAUAAUGACAUGCACGGACAUCUGCAAACAAACCAAUCAUCUUUAAUGUUGCGUUCAAGCAGUUCGUUUCGCAGUCAAAGCAGUCAUGGCAGUGGUUGCUUAACAGCUUACGAAAGCCACCUACCGAUUCGUACAAAUGAUAUAGUGAACGAGUUUAAUGAUGAUCGUAGGCCCAACAUCAAUAGCUUACGGGAAAUUUAUCAAUCGCCAUUAGUACGACAAAAUAGUCAAUCAAGCUGUAAGUGUGGAGGUCAAUAUGCCAGCGCACAAGAACUGGAUUUAAGCAAUGAGCAAGGACGAUUACUGACGCUCGAGGCUAAACAAAAGCGGCGUCAACAAAUUGUUGAAUCACCGGUACCACCACCUCCGCCUACCAGCAUAGAGGUCUCAAAUACAAAAUCGAAUAAGACGACAAUUAAAAUUAGUACACCGAAAGCUCGACGAGUUGCAGAAGCAGUAAUUAGUCCACAGGUUCAUAUUGGGCGACAGUCACCUUCUCCAAAAACGGCGUCACCUCCACCUCCUCAGAUCUUUACUGUAUCAGGAAAAGGUUUCUACGAUCUUACAAAAAACAUAAAAGCUCCGCUUACACAAAUGCCAAUCUCAAGCCGAACGCCUUCACCUACACCCUGCAGCACCAUAAACAGCACAACUACUAGCAAAGCGUCUUAUUCAUGUCUGGGCCAGAAGAAACGCAACGGUCGUUCACCACCACCAUUGCCUCCACCACCUCCACCUAGUUCCGCAUCCACCACGUUAACAAGUCAGCGAAGUCACGCCUCUACACGGUACUCGCAUCAAGAUCAACACAAUCGCCACCACUUUGUCCAUCACUCCACCACCAGCACAAAUGCUACAACAACAGCCACUGAAGAGGAAACAACAAGCAAUCAUAGCGAGUCCACCGAGAUCACAGGUGUAUCCGAUAACCUAGCCAGCUCAGAUUUUGGUGGCUCAUGCAACAACACGCUCUCCAGUGUUGCACAUGAUGAGCAACCAGAAAAACUGGAGCCCAUUGAAUCGCAAGAUUAUUUGAAGAGUCGUCACAGUAGCGUUUAUAACAGUAAUACCAAUACAAACAAAAGCAAACAACAGUUAUACAAUGACAACCAGUUAGACUCGCCACCUACAAAACCAAAGUCAAAACAAAUUGAUAGUGACUAUGGAGCUAUAUUCAAUACUGAGAUCAAUGGAUUGCGUGGGGACUAUAGCCUUACGAAGUACAUGAACCGUCGAAAGGGCAUAGAUACCACUGAGGAUGAGCCUGGUAGCUGUAAAGAUAUCGAUAUGCAGCUCGAAACAAAUAAUAAUAUUAAUAAUGUGAAAAUGUGCGAAUUAGAUAACAGUAAGCUAGACAUACUCUCGAUCGGCUCACGUUCAAAUCAGAGCAGCAGUCGACUAUCUGAUCGUACCAAGGAGCUAUAUAGAAAUGCUGGGGUACCAGUCGGCAUAGCGUAUCCACAACGAAGCACAGCUUCGAAUACUAACAGUGCCAACUCUACGCCACCACCAUCUGCACAACCACCAAUAAGCUCCGUGCAAACGGUUUAUCAUUGUGAAAUUGAGCCAGUGCAGUUGACACAUGGAAUGCAAAUUGCAAUGGGUCUCAAGGAUCGCGCCAAAAAGGCUAAAGAUCUCAAGAAUGCAUGGAAGAAGUUCGUUAGCAUGGCCGCAUCUAAAUUUAGUCCAACACAUAGUCCAGCAUCUAUUCAUGAUAAGAAGCCUCUUGGUUUUCUGGAGGUGCUCGAUCGUGACGAAGGCAUCUCAUCACUUAUUGACGAACAUCCACGAGUAUCUUCCCCAAAAAGCAGUUACUCAGCACCUGCCUCGCAUAACUACUAUGAACAGCGGUUUGGACCACGUCUACAGGAGAUGGACAGCGGUUACAUGAGCGCUGAUUCGGGGGAAGUGCACAAACGUAGCUUCUACGAUCGUUAUAACUUUAAAAAGAUGUCCGACCGUGAUCGCAUUAUACGCAUAGAUACAAUAGAAGAUAAUUCAGAUGGCGGCAGUACUUUAACUGACCGCCACAAUGGCAUGGCGGCAUCUAUGAGACGAGGCAGCAUAUUAGAUAGUAAUCGGUUUGAGGAUUUUGAGCACAUGGGAGAACCACCAGAUAGCGAGGUGGCAGUAAUGAGGUGCAAUACCCCAGUCGAUCAACAUUCUCCGGAGGCAGACACAAGCGAUGCUGAGUCUGAUAAAACGCUAACUCAGUCGAACGGUGCUCACUUAGACACAUCGCAUAUGGACGCUUUGAACGUAUACACCUCUGAGGAGGAGGAACAGCAAAGAGACAGAAAAAGUCCAUCAUAUGGCUCCUCUGAGACGGAUGGUGAGACAAAUGCAGAAGAUAUGUGGGAGUCGGGUGCGGAGAGCAUUGAAACUCAUUCCGUACUCUAUAAAAAUGUGAGAAAUAGUUGAAGACUUCUUACAUUAUAUUAUUCUUAUAUUAAUUGCUAAACAAGAGGGAAGAAUAGGGAUUUAAUGUGAAAAAAUGGACGCUCAAAACACAAUGUUCAAGAACUGACCUACAACCGGUAAACCAAUUUCUAGUUUUCUUGUUCUCAGAUUGCAAUAAGUUCUAAAUAAUAUGUAGUUUAAAUAAACUUUGUCAACACUGUACAAUAAACUUGUGCAAUCAUAACUGCAAAACCCAAGUGAAAUAAGAAAGUUCAUGUCCUUAAGGUUUUACCGUACCGAAAAAAUGUACAAUUAAGCUAGUUCGUUGAAAGGAAAAGUUGGUAGUGAUUAUUUGUUAUAGACUUUAAACGAACAAUGUGAUAUUUUCCGUUGUCUUCGGCCGGAAACGUGCAAUCAAUCCGUAGCCACUAAGUGCAAUAAAAUGACUUAUCAAUAGUUAUUUCUUAUGAGCAAAGAGUACU